CCUGAGCCCUCUUGGUCGAAUUUAAGGAAGAACUGCUCCUACCGUUAACGGCACCACAAUCGAACCCUUUUUGACUUAGACUUGGACUGAUCGUUCUUUAAAGCGCAUUUUUGUAGUUUAAAGAUUACGAUUGCGGUUCCUAGCUGCUGUUUUUAUAUUUGUUUUUAAUUUUUUUCUCUCUCUCUCUACUUACUCUCUUCUCGCUAAUUAAACGCUGACCGCCGCUCCGUUUCCGUAUUCGUCUUGACUGCCACGUACCACCUUCCAGUUAUUUUCUCAGUCCAAACGCUCACGCUCCGCAUUAGCAUUUUUUUCUCGUUCAUUAAACUUGACAUCUUUACUUCUCCUUCACACACUUUCAUAGAAUGGCGAAUUCUUCAUUACCUACGGACACGUCUGGAACAGCUGUGGACGAUUCUUCAAAACAAACCAUCCCAAACACACUCGCCGGUUCCACUACAGGCAUCCCAAACGAGAUUUUUAUUGCCAAUGAGCGUCUUGACGCUGGCAAAAACGGCAGCGGAGUCUCAAGAAACGGCAACGGCAAGGUUCCUCGGGCGCUCGUAGACGAAGAGGACAUUCGCACCGUAGACGAGAUUCUUAACCGUGGUGUCGGCAACGAGCAGGUCCCUAUUCAUCAUACUCCCAGUUUCGUCGACCUGUAUGCUUCGCCCAAACUUCAUGAGAACGAAAAUGAGCGCAACUUCGGCACCUCGCGCCUAGACGACAUCGCCCCCAACGCUGACGGUGUCCGUCGUUUGCAGACCACGUCUUCGUCGGCAAACAUCUCUGAGAUGAGAGGCAACUCUUCCCUUGCUGUCCCCGUGACCAUCCCACGCAGACGCUCAGACGCCUCGACGUCUCCAGCACACAGUCUGGGCGAGUCUGCCCCAGAGGUCGCUGUGCCGCUUGAUCCUAACGCCGGCACUGUGCCCUUGAUCAUUCCCGAGCAGAUCGACCGGGGUCUUCCAUACGCUCCCGAGGAGCAAUAUCACAACUCUGCCACUCGCAAACUCAAGGGCGAUGUGCGGCCCGAAGACCUAAACCACUCUACCUCCCCCUCCAAUGCACCCAGCUCUGUUGCACCUCCAGAGGCGUGGGAGGCCGAGUACAACGAGGUGCUCGACGAUGUUGAGGCUGCCGUGGACGGCAAGGUUCCUAUUGAGAGCACCAACGAUCCUCUUCCUUUAGAGCGCUGCCGGUCAACGGUGAACUUGAACGAGUCCGAUAACUUUAUCGGCUUGACGGCCGGUUCUAACGAGCCUGUGCCCGACUAUGUUGAAUCCGAACCCAUUGAAGACACUACUCAACUCGAUGCGGAGAAGGGUUUCUACACUAAGGAUGGCGAAGGAACUGCUGGUCUGCCGUUCGAUGUCGUCGACAACCCCCGUAUUCCAGGUGAGCGCACUGGCAGCAGCAAGUUCCGGGAACGUGUUUCCCAUGCAAACUCGUCUUCUGCUCUGAGUGAACUGUUUCACGCUGAGGAGAAGAAGUCUGGAGAGUCGUUGUCGUCGUCAAACACAAAGCCUGUGACGCCUUCUAAAACUGUGGAAGAGGCCGAGAAACCCGAGAAGCCUGUUGAGGUCAAGAAAAGUGCCGAGAAACCCGCGGCUGCUGAAACUACUCCCAAGGCAGCCGCUGCGCCCGAAGAGCCAAGUUCUUCAAAGUCGUCUGCCUCUCCUGCUUCUACUUCUUCUCCCGAAAAAAAGACACCGUCCCGUACCUCGUCCUCCGGCUCUGCCAACACGCCUGUCGUCCCACCUCGUCCUCGUGUUGCCAACAAGUUCUCGUCUGCUAGAGCCGCGUUUGUAAAAAGUUUGGAAUCCCGUUUGCAGGACGGCAACCCUAUGCGUCCUUUCAUCCCUAAGCGUCCACAACGUACCAAGUCUGGCGCCUCAGACGACAGUUCUUCUGAGCAGAAACCCGAGGCCGCUGCUCCUGCCCCAGUUGCUGCUCCGGUGACUGAAGUUAAAAAGACUCGUGCUAGAGGUCCUGCUCGUCGUCCUCCUACCGCCGUCAGCAAACUCUCCAUCUGCGAUCCUACAGAGGUGUUUGAUAUUGCAGCUGUAUCCUUGAAAUCGGUGGAGACCGUGAAACCGGACGUCGAAGCGUCUGCAGACUCCACAAAUGAAGCUGAGGUUGCCGAUACUGAAGUUGAAAAGGUUGAAGCAGACACGAAGAGUGAGGUAGUUGAAGCAGUUAGCUCUACUUCCCCUGUAAAUGAAUCCUCUGCUUAGAAACAUGUGUCUUUUGAGAUGUUUUUUUUUUUGAAUUCAAAUAUUUUCUUCCCUUCAAAUUACGGAGGAGUCAUAUUGUACCUAUAAGGAUGAGGCUAUGGAUAACAGUUAGCAUGGCAAACUAUUUACAGCACGUAUCCUGGAUUCAAACGAGCCCUUGCAUACUCACAAUUGACUCCGAUGACUUAACUGCUACUAAUCAUUUUCAAACACACUUAUUUUCUCCCCUUUCUGUCUCACUAGUCACACCGGCCACCGAUUCUCUCAGUAAGGCAUUGUUAAAGUUAUGACCUAAUUAUA